CCGUAAUUUAAAUCUCCACCUAUUUAAUCUCAGACCGCCCACCACGAUAAGAACAAAAGAAAAGCAAACAAUUUUCAACAAUCUGUUUAAUCUUUUUAGUUAUUUUAAUUUUCCCCUUAUGAAUGAGUGAUUAAAGCGUAGAACUCUGAUUACAACGUUGAAAUCGAAGGAUUUAAUUUCAAAUUCGAGAUCUCUCCAUGGCCGCCCCUUUUUUUUCUACACCUUUUCAACCUUACGUUUAUCAGAGUCAGCAAGAUGCCCUGAUCCCAUUUCAAAUAUUGGGUGGUGAGGCUCAAAUAGUUCAGAUAAUGCUGAAGCCUCAAGAAAAGGUUAUCGCAAAACCUGGCUCUAUGUGCUUCAUGUCUGGGUCCAUUGAAAUGGAAAACACUUAUGUCCCUGAAAACGAGGUAGGCAUGUGGCAGUGGCUUUUUGGCAAGAAUGUAACUAGUAUUGCUCUUCGCAAUCCUGGUCCAAAUGAUGGAUUUGUUGGAGUUGCUGCACCUUCUCUUGCAAGGAUUCUUCCGAUUGAUUUAGCAAUGUUUGGUGGAGAGCUUUUAUGUCAGCCAGAUGCAUUUCUUUGCUCCAUCAAUGAUGUGAAGGUCAAUAAUACAGUUGAUCAGCGGCCACGGAAUGCCGUAACUGGUGUAGAGGGAUUUCUGAGGCAGAAGUUAUCUGGUCAGGGGCUUGCAUUUAUUAUUGCUGGUGGAUCUGUUGUGCAGAAAAAUCUCGAGGUGGGUGAGGUAUUGGCGGUUGAUAUGUCAUGUAUUGUGGCCCUUACUGCUUCCAUCGAUGUCCAAAUCAAAUAUAAUGGUCCAAUGAGACGAGCGGUCUUUGGGGGUGACAAUUUGGUGACAGCUGUUCUAACGGGACCCGGUAUUGUAUUCAUCCAGAGUUUGCCAUUUCAUCGAUUUUCACAGCGAAUCGCUAGGGCAGUUACAUCUCCAAACAUGAGGGAAAAUCCAAAGUUUUUCGUUCAGAUAGCCAUAUUCUUUUUUCUAGCAUAUGUGGUGAUUGUAUCUUCAUUAAUAUUGACCGAUGUCUGAAAAUGCCUUUCCAUCUUUAACUUCUAUUUAACCAAUGUACGAUUCUUUUUUUUCCUUUUCUUAAACCUAGUUUAAGUAGGUCAAAGUGUUUGCGUACUAUUGUUUUUUUCUGAAACUUAAACAUUAAGUUCUUCAAAGAAAAGAAAUUUUGGGUAUCUAAAAAUUCUUUUGUUUUGAUUGGGAAUGCUCGAUGCUGGGAAUUCUGGGUACCGUCAAUUUGUUCAAGGGUAAUGGUGUAGUACGUAUCAAUCCCUGCAUUAAAAAAAAAAUGAAAAACUAACCAUUAAUUUUACAAAUUGAUAUUUUAAUUAUAGAAAGUUCUAUCACAAUCGUCCUUUUUUCAUUAGUUGAGUGAUUUAUAAAUAAUAUACGGAUUAAAGUCAUAUUUGUAGUUUAUUAUAAGCAAUGUUGAAUUUCGUCAUUGUCGUUAGUUCCCAUAAAUUUUGUUGAUUUUUUAAAUGUAAAAUAACUAAAUUAAUUGGAGUUUGUCAUUUAUUAAUAGAGUAAAAUUCUU